AUGGAAUCCCUUGCGUUGAGUCGCUCGGCUCUGCGCGAUCCAUUUGCCAAUCACGGAAACCCAAUCCGACCCAGCGAUCACUUUGUUCAAAUGAGUUUAGUAAAAUCCCAGCUGAUCCCUUUAGCGACGACUUAUAUGGUGGGCUGUUGCAAACCAGAUAUUAAGGAAGAUAUGACAAAAGGGGUGCGCACUGUCGAAAUUGUCAAGAGCCGUUAUGGGGAUACCAACGACAGCUGCUACACAAAUUUUCUUGCAAAUGCCCGCAGAUGCAAAGAUGCUGAAAACCUCAGCGGUCCUAAGCAUGCUAUCGCUCGACUGUGGUUUUACCACGAAAACGGCCAACAAUGUUCACCGAGCACCAAUAGUAGCAGUAGCAGUAGCAGUAAUGGCAGCCAUCAUCAUAAAGGUAGUCGGACGAAAGCCUUUUUGAUUAAGUUGCCCCAUAGGAACAAAUAA